UCAACUCGGGAUGCCCUAAGGAGCACCUGUCGUCCCAGCAUCCUUUGCGUGUCCAAUAUGGAAGAACUGGCGGUGGAGGUCCGUGGCUCCAACGGAGCCUAUUAUAAGGGCUUCGUUAAAGAUGUACACGAUGACUCUCUCACCAUUGCCUUUGAGAACAAUUGGCAGCCAGAACGCCAGGUGCCCUUUAACGAUGUCAGGUUGCCUCCACCCGCUGACGGCAAGAAGGACAUUGGAGAGGGCGAGGAGGUGGAGAUUCUGUCCAGAGCUAAUGAACAGGAGCCUUGUGGUUGGUGGUUGGCUAAAGUCCGGAUGAUGAAGGGAGAUUUCUAUGUGAUCGAGUAUGCAGCCUGUGAUGCAACGUACAAUGAGAUUGUGACCUUUGAGCGUCUGCGUCCAGUUAAUACUAACAAGGCCAUCACCAAGAACUCCUUUCACAAGUGCACUGUCCCUGUUCCUCAGGAUCUACAAGAAGCAUGCCAGAAUGAGAACGCCCAUAAAGACUUUAAGAAAGCUGUGGGAGCCUGUCGCAUCUCAUACUGCCCUGAGACCAGCCAACUAGUGAUUUUGUCUAUGAACGAGGCAACAGUGAAGCGUGUGUCCUUGCUGAGUGACAUGCACCUGCGAAGCAUCAGGACCAAACUGCUACUAAUGUCACGCAACCAUGAGGCAACAAAACACCUGGAGAGCUCCAGGCAGCUGGUGUCUUCCUUCCAAGAAGAGUUCAUAGUGAGACCAGAUCUGAUGGGUCUGGCCAUCGGCAGCCAUGGCAGCAAUAUCCAGCAGGCACGGAAAGUUCCCGGUGUCACUGCUAUUGAGCUGGAUGAGGAGACUGGCACUUUCAGGAUCUAUGGAGAGUCUGCAGAGGCAGUGAAGAAGGCCAGGAACUAUUUGGAGUUUCUGGAGGACUCUGUCCAGGUGCCCAGGAACCUUGUUGGCAAAGUGAUCGGUAAGAAUGGAAAGGUCAUCCAGGAGAUUGUAGACAAGUCGGGUGUGGUGAGGGUGAGGAUAGAAGGAGACAACGACAACAAGCAGCCUCGACAGGAAUUGACACAGGGAAUGGUCCCCUUCACCUUUGUCGGCACUAAGGAGAGUAUUGGUAACGUCCAGGUCCUCCUGGAGUACCACAUCUCUUACCUCAAUGUAAGGAGAUCUACAGAGGUUGAGCAGCUCCGUCUGGAGAGGAUGCAGAUUGAUGAACAGUUGCGUCAGAUCACCCAGGGUCACCGACCAGCCGACAGGGAGAGAGGGGAGAGAGGAGGAUAUAAUGCAGAUGGCAGUGGUAAUGCCUCCUCUUCACAUGGCAGUCGCUCCUACAAUGGCAGAGGGCGUGGACGCAGAGGACACGGCUACAACACUGGAUAUGGAACCAACUCAGAGCAGUCCAAUGCCUCUGAAACAGACUCAGAGCGCAGGGAAGAGCUCAGUGACUGGUCCCUUGCUGGAGAGGACCAGGACAGGGAGAGGGAGAGAGGCCCAAGGCCGCAAAGAGAUGGCCGCCGGAGGCCUGGACCUGGCAGAGGCCGAGGAGGGCCUGGAGGACGGGGAAGAGGAGGAAGAGGAGGAUACAGCAACAACUAUGGAGGACAUCGGGACUACGAGGAUCACCAUGCCUAUGGAGCCCAGGAGACAAACACAGAGACAGACCAGACAGCUGAUACAGAUGCCAGUGAGUCCAACUUGCCUGCAAACCGCCGCAGAAGAUCUCGACGACGCAGAACCGAUGAGGACGCCACACUGAUAGACGGCAUGAGCGAGUCUGACAACGCCUCUGUGAGCGAGAAUGGCAUAGAAAACCCCGAAGCAAAACCUCAGCAUCGUAACCGUAGUCGUCGCCGCCGCAUCCGCCUGCCUGAGGAGAGGCAGCCAGUGACAGUGGCUGACUACAUAUCCAGGGCUGAAUCUCAGAGCAGACAGCUCAACACCAAGGACACCAAGAAAAACAAGGAUGUGGCUCAGGUGGAUACCAUCGCUGAGAACAGCCCAACAUCUGCCCCGGCAACCACCAAUGGUUCUAGCAACAAUGCUGGUGACAAAGAGGGCAGCAAUGCCACCAGAGCUACCAGGUCAUCCAACGAGAAGCCCAACAAAGUCUCCUAUGAAGAGGAGACGAGCCCACAGCCAGUGGUUAAUGGACUCUCCUAGUCAAGCCUGAGCAAAGGAAAUGGUUUCAAAUAUUUGAAAUUGUUUGGCUGCACUUGAUUUAAUCUCCCUGUCUUUAAAGCAGCCUUACAAGUGAAAACAUUUAAAACAAAAGCACUGUUCUUUCUUUUUUUUUUCAUUUUAUUAUCCAAAUAUUUGAAACCUUCUCCACUGUGUAAGAUUCAGACAUCUGAACCUUAACAUCCCCUUUACGUGUUCUCUCCAAUGAUUCAUUUACAACGAUCUUUUUUACAAUAGUUCUUCCUGUAUGAGCUUGCCAAAGAUAGUCAAACACACUCACACUUACAAACAUCUACUUAACUGUACUUUUCAGCCCACUCUCCGUUGAGAGCUCAGGGAGAAGUCGGACUGAAUGCAGUAUUUAUAAAAUGCAGACAGGGAUUCCACGCAAACCAUACUGUGGUAUGAAUGCAGCAGACCUUUUUUUAAAUAGUAAAAAUAUCACAGCAGGGUUAUAAAAAAGUCAAAAAAGAUGCUUCCACAACUGUUGUUCAGGAUGUUUUGUGCAUCUGAAGUAGUUUGUAAAUUAAGUAUUCUGCAUGAGCAGUACCACAGUGCAGAUAGGUUUGUUGGAAACCCAGAGUAUGUUUAACAUACAUGUGAUCAGCUGUUGUGCCUUGAGAGUAGAUUCAACAUGUCGUUGCCUGGCUCUGCACACCAUCUGAAAUCUUUCCACUUCUUUCUGUGCUCUCCCUCGUCCGCUGCGACAACAGAACCAGGUGUCUGCUUGGUCUCUAUGUGUAGGUAAACACAGAAAGAACCUGAAAGGAUUUCAGAGGCAUAUCUUUUUUAAAAUCAGGUGUGUUACUUCUUAAUGUUUGUGGGGGAAACAAGUCCAGUUAUCCUUUAUAUAUAUAAAUAUAUCUGUUGACAAGUUUGACAUUAGCUGCUUUCUGUUUUUCAAUAUGCAAGCACUUGGAUCAUAGAAGAAUUGUUAUUACAGCGUGUCUGGAAAAGAAGCAAACAAUAGUAGAAUUUUUUUUGUUGCACUGAAACAAUUUCUGUUUAAAAGUUGAUUGUAGUCGAGUCUGAAAACUGGCCUGUUAACUGUUUAUUGCUGGACAGAGAUGUAGCCGUCAGUGCUGGGUUUCCUGGAAGCGUCUCAUCAGGCAGGCUGAGUGCUGUUUCCUCCUACAAAUAUAAUUAAAUGAAAUGAAUCUCAGAGCGUGUUUGGCGUAUUUUUAUGGUUAAAAACAUGCCUCUUCUUAAGUAUUAAUAACCACACUUUCCUGUUGGGUUGUUUCCAGGAAACCAAGCCCAGGUGACGAUGAUGUCAUUUUCAUGGUUCUUCCUCAGACUGGCUGGCUGGAAACUGGUCAUGACUGUUCCACUAAGGAAGAGAUUUAUUUGGUUUAUUUAUUUAAAAAAUGUACAGUAUUUAAAAAAGACAAAAACAAGAGAAGCUCUUCUUUUUCUUGACACUAAAACAUGCGUUUCCUUGGGUUUUCUUUCAAGACAUAACGACAAUUUGGACUACUGAGAGUUGUUACAUCCCAAGUCUUUUGUUGGGUCAACUACAGUAUGUUUGUUUUUUUAAAGGAUUGUUCUGGUUGGUUGAUGUGCAAUAUGUUUUGUAUGCAGGUAGUUCUUAAAUAAACUUGAUCUUCCAUGUAGAUCUAAAACAUCA